AUGUCUAGCCCCCUCGAACCCGGUCCCACAAACGGGCACCGGUCGCCGCAGGGCGGUUCUCCUUCCCCCAUAGUCGCUACCGGCCACCAGAGCGAUAGUGACCUUUCCGAUAUGCAUGAUAAUGCCGCACGUCUCGCUUCAUCGUCGCCGUCGCCAGAUCCCAACGAUUCGACCGGAUACAUCAACGGGGCGCCUGACUUCGCUGAAAGCGAGAGCUCCGGUGACGACAACAAUGCUUCUGAUGAUGCCGACUUCGAUAUGGAUGAUGAUGUGGCAUCCAUUGCACAGAGUGAUGGAGCUGGCGAUGCCAAUUCUAGCUCUAACGAUUCUCAGCGGCCAUCCAAGCGGAAAGCCGCGGCAGGCGAGGAUGAGUACAUUAAAGCAAACCCGGAGUUAUAUGGAUUGAGAAGAAGUUCUCGUCCAACACAACAGCGCAAGCUGGCCGAGUCCUCUGACGAUGACUCCGAUGAUUCUGAUGUGGUCACUACCAACCGGCGAAAUGUCAAGAGAAGACGAGUUGAGACCUCAAGGCAAUCGUCAAAAAGAGGUACCCCUGCACGGCAACCGUCGAUCGAUUCUGACUCUGACUCUGAUAACUACGGUGGCGCGCGCGCGAAAAGCCUCCAGAAGAAAGCACGCCGCCAACGGGAAGCCCAACCGAAUCUUGUCUUUGCCGAGAAGCGUUGGUCCAGUAGGCGGGCAGCUCAGGUGCAGCAGGGCGCCUAUGAGGAGAGUGACGUCGAUGAUGAGGACGAAGACGCGUCCGAACUCACAUCGAAUUACUACGCUGCGGACGUAGUUGACGAUUCCCCAUACAUUGACAAAGUGCUUAAACAUAAGCUAAAAGAUGACCUUGACCUCAGUUGGAGCUCCACCAGGAACGACUUCGAGUACUACAUCAAGUGGCAAGGAAAGUCACAUCUACACGAUACUUGGGAGACAGCAGAUACACUCCGCGGGCUUCGAGGCUACCGCAGAGUCGAGAACUAUUACAGAACAAUCGUGGAACACGAAUUGCUUAUUCGGUUCGGCGAGGAUAUUCCCCCUGAAACCAAAGAGCAGUUCUUCUUAGAUCGUGAACGUGCUGAAGAAGCAUUGGAAGACUUUGUCAAAGUGGACAGAGUCGUCGCUGUCCGAGAUGGUGAAGACGAGGACGAAUAUCUCGUCAAAUGGAAGGGCUGUUACUACGAUGAGUCCACGUGGGAAGCUGCGUCUGCCAUUAGCGCAGACUUUCAGGAUAAGAUUGACCAGUUUCUGGAUCGAUCAUCUCGUUCCUGGAUCUCCAACCGCAAGGAGUCAAACCCGGAUACCCGAACAAGAAUGAAGAAGCUCGAAUCGCAGCCCGACUAUAUCAAGGGUGGCGAGCUACGUUCAUUUCAGCUGAGAGGUCUGAACUUCCUUUGCCUAAACUGGACUCGCGCCAACAAUGUCAUUCUCGCCGAUGAAAUGGGUCUCGGAAAGACGGUUCAAAGUGUCUCGUUCCUCAGUUGGCUUCGCAAUGAGCGUGAGCAAGAGGGCCCUUUCCUCAUUGUCGCACCUCUCAGUGUCAUUCCUGCGUGGGGCGAUACGUUCGACAACUGGUCUCCAGACAUGAAUUACGUCGUGUAUCUUGGAAACGAGACUGCCCGCAAUACAAUUCGUGAUAACGAGCUCAUUGUCAACGGCAACCCAAAAAAGCCUAAGUUCAACGCUCUAAUCACCUCUUACGAGAUGAUUCUUCAAGACUGGCAAUUCCUUCAGACAAUCAAAUGGCAGGCUUUACUUGUUGAUGAGGCCCACCGUCUGAAAAAUAAGGAGUCGCAAUUGUAUCAAAGGCUUGUGAGCUUCGGCAUUCCCUGCAAAAUCCUGAUUACCGGCACGCCCAUCCAAAAUAAUCUCGCCGAACUUUCGGCACUAAUGGACUUCCUGAAUCCUGGCAAAGUUGUUAUUGAUGAGGAGCUGGAAAGUCUUGCUGGAAAUGAUACCCAAGAGAAGUUGCAAGACCUGCAUAAGUCCAUUGCACCUUACAUCUUGCGUCGCACUAAGGAAACUGUCGAAUCUGAUCUGCCGCCAAAGACGGAGAAAAUAAUUCGCGUUGAGCUCUCAGAUGUCCAGUUGGAGUACUACAAGAACAUCCUCACUAGAAACUAUGCUGCCCUUUCUGACGCAACGGGCCAGAAAAACUCGCUGCUAAACAUCAUGAUGGAGUUGAAGAAAGUCAGCAACCACCCAUACAUGUUCGCUGGCGCUGAAGAGAGAGUAUUGGCUGGUAGCACUCGCCGAGAAGACCAGAUUAAAGGGUUGAUCGCUAGCAGUGGAAAGAUGAUGCUCCUCGAUCAGUUGUUGACAAAGCUCAAGAAGGACGGACAUCGAGUACUUGUUUUCAGCCAGAUGGUGAAGAUGUUGGAUAUCCUCAGCGACUAUCUGGCCCUGAGAGGCUACAAGUUUCAGCGUCUGGACGGCACCAUUGCCGCAGGCCCUCGUCGUAUGGCAAUCAAUCACUUCAACGCUGAGGAUAGUGAUGACUUCUGUUUUCUCCUCUCCACCAGAGCAGGUGGUCUGGGUAUCAACCUGAUGACUGCAGACACUGUCAUCAUAUUUGACUCCGACUGGAAUCCGCAGGCUGAUUUACAGGCCAUGGGUCGUGCCCACCGUAUCGGCCAAAAGAAGCCCGUCAGCAUCUACCGCCUGGUGUCAAAGGAGACUGUCGAAGAAGAGGUUCUUGAGCGAGCUCGCAACAAGCUGCUUUUAGAGUAUCUCACCAUCCAGGCCGGCGUUACUGAUGACGGCAAGGCAUUCCGUGAGGAGAUGAACAAGAAGGGGAUUAAGAUGGAUGGCCCAAGCUCCGCUGAAGAUAUUCAAUGGGUUCUCAAAAUGCGCUCGCAGAAGAUGUUCGAGCAGACCGGAAACCAAGAGCGACUUGAACAGCUGGACAUUGAUUCUAUCCUGGAGAACGCAGAAGUCACCAAGACCAAGGUUGAUGAUAAAAUGAACCUGAGCAGCGGCGGUAUCGACUGGGACAACUUUAUGCAAUACACUGACGUCAAGGUGGAUGACCUGGCUCUGGACUGGGAUCAAAUCAUUCCCGCAGAAGAACUCGCUGUUAUCAAAGCGGAGGAAGAUCAACGGAAAAAUGAAGAGUACCUGGCAAAGGUGGCUGCUGAGAGCGCACCGCGAAGAGCCACGAUGAAGAAUCGACACGGAGGCGAAACGGACCGAGCGGAUCGAUUGGCGAAGAAGCGACAGCGAGAAGAACAACAGCGCCAAGAAGCAGAGGAGCAACGUGCGCUGCUGUCUGAUCCGAAGCGGCCUCUGAAUGAAAAGGAAACUCGUAACCUACUCAAAGCAUUCUUCCGGUACGGUUCUAUGGAAGAUCGUGGCGAGGAGAUCAUUCAGGAAGCUAGGCUUACGGGACGUGACCGUGACUUUUUGAAGUCCAUACUGGAUGACUUCGUCAAGACCUGCGAUGACGCACUCAACGACAAUGCAGCUCGUCUCAUGGAUGACGAGAGAAAGCUUGGCAAGACCUUGACGAAGAAAGACAAGAAGGCGGUCCUUGUUGACUUCGGUGAAGUUCGCAAGAUGAACGCCGAAACAGCCAUCGAACGGCCACGACAGCUUCGUCUGCUGCGACAAAUCUUGCAGAAGAGUGAUGAUUUCAAGACAUUCCGUCUCGCUGACGCAACUAAGGCAGCUCACUACAGCUGCGAAUGGGGCGCACGAGAGGAUGGCAUGCUACUUGUUGGCAUUGACCGAUAUGGAUUUGGCGCUUGGACACAGAUUAGAGACGAUGCCGAGCUGGACAUGGCAGACAAAUUUUUCCUCGAAGAGCACCGCAUCGAAAAGAAGGAGGAACGGAACAAGGCCACUGACAAAGGUGUCAGUUCUCCAGGAGCCGUCCACCUCGUUCGCCGUUCGGAAUACCUGCUUUCUGUUCUUCAAGCCAAGCACUCCACCGAUCCAUUGGCGCACAGAGCCGUUGAAAAUCAUCAUCGCAACAACAAGAGGCUGGCGAACGGACAUCGUCGUAGCGACGUAGGAAAUGGGGCAGCAUCGCCUGCUCCUCCGACGCUAAAGAAAAGCAGCUCUCAUCGGGAUCGUGAACGCAGUCACAGCGAGCACCAUCGCAGUCGCAGCAACGCCGAGGAAAGAGGCACGCCGCGACCAGAUUCGAAGAGGAAGCACUCUGGACACGAUGAAGGCCGUAUUCCCAAACACCGGAGAAUGGAUGAGACACGCCGUACUAAGAGUAACGGCGAUGAACAGCAUUCUCCCAGAGCCGAUCAGCGUAGGCAUCGCGAUGAUGGCGAACGCAGUCACAAGCACCGUCGAGCUGAGGAUCAUCGACACGGAGACGACCGUCGUCGAUCAAGCAAUACCCCAAGAGCAAGUCAGCCUGACAGCGAUCGCCGUAAUCAGGCUCUCCGUCGGCUUGAUCAGCUGCGCCGCAUGGGAGACAACAAGGAGGAAAGAGAGACGGAUGCGGAUGCCAUGUUGUGGUAUCUCCUUAAACCGGUUCGUGCGAAUUUUGAAGCCAUCCUGUGUACAACAAAGGAGAGAGUCAAGUCCAGCAAGGAACGUGCUAGGAUAUUUGGCGAGGAGUUAGUGGUUAUUGGCAACUUUCUGGAUCGCGAAUUUGUUAAGGAGCGCGACGACGCGUUGAAGAACCGCUUCUGGUAUGUUGUGUUGCCUUCUCACAGCUAG